UAUUGUCACGCAAAUACUAUAAUACAUGUAUUGUCACACAUAUUCAAGUAGUCUCUAUGUGUUGUAUCCUUUUUGUAGCUCAAUACUUUUGUUAAAAGAACUUUCAGAAAAUUGCGAGGCAUUACAUACCAGAACGGCGGAAAGACUUUUAUCCGCCUUUGAAAUUCAGCGUGAUGGGUGUUGUCCACCUUUAAUUUCAGCCGAAGGAGCUAUUACCUACCUGUUAAAACUGGCUUUUGUCAUCUUCAUAAAAAGAAUGAGCAAGGCUCCUACUGACCAUGAGAUCCAAACAGACGAUACGCGGAUUGUCCCUCAUCGUAUUCUACGCACUUCUUACUGUGACCAGUGCAUCAGUUUGUGCAGAUAAUCGAGGCUCAAGCCGCCUCAUCAGUGGUGAUAACAGCAACGCAGUGAACAAUUUCCUGCAAAUAUUGAGACGAAUAAAUACAUUUGAUUUCCUUGGGGAUAAUGUAAACCAUCAAGGUUGUCGAAGGCACAUCGGACAAUACGUUCACCGGAAGGGGAUCUAUAUGGAUGAUAUGACUUGGGUUCUUGAUUGUUGGGAGCCCACAGAAUGCACACUGGUAGAAGAAAGGGGCCAGCACAGGAACACCUUAAGACUCAUCCAAAGAUCUUCGUUUCCGUUACAGUCUUUAUUGAGGACUCAAGUAAAUACUGUUCUUUUACCCAUUGACGAGCGGAACACAAUCUCUUACACCUUUCUCCCAUAUGUUUCUCAAAGAGGUAUCCUAUUUGUAACCGCGUUACUAACGGGAUGCAGCGUUUUUAUUGCUACACCGGAUAACAUAAAUUGUAAUAUUAUCGUAAUGCAUGCCAAUCGUUUCUGCAGGAGUAACGAACCUGAGGAUGACGACGAUAACCACAAGCAGGCAACGUUUGUGAUACAGCAAGUACAAAGUACGAAUCAACAGUGUAGAUACCAGAUACAACGUAGAUGGUCAAGUGAUCACAAGCGCGCUAACAUAGAAAGACACAACUAUCAUUACAAUGACAAUAUUGUUUAUUACAGAAUUAUGGCGGGCUUAAAUUUUGUGUAUGGGUACAAUCUAGGUGGACAAGGAAGGAGGUGGCAGUUCUGUGUUAAAGAGUUGCAAGAUAGUCCCCGACAAGAAAUUUGUCACGAGAUUAUUUAGAAAAUAGAAAGUUAACCAUGUAUGGAGAGAGUGGUGAUUCUGUAACAAGAAUAGUAUUACACAUUAAUCAAUAAGCCUAACAUACACAGUUUAAAACUUUAACUUUAGAGACUAUUGACUUAAUCUGUUAUGUUUAAGCUACCGGUGUUCUCUCUUCAUUUUGACAAAAGCAAAAUAACAUAGUACUGCUCUACCUAUACAAGAAAUAAUAAAGCUUUAAGCUUUUAAACAUUAAAAAGCUUUUAUUGAUAUACUAAAUAUCACACAAAUUUUCAGAUAUAUAUGAAGGUUUGAAAUGUUGAAGAAUCUAAAAGAAUUGGCUCAAUAAUGACUCCCCAAACUGGAAAAAGAAUCCUUGUAUCUUAGUUUAUUUUAUUAUUAUGCUCCCUGAAGGCCGAGCAUAUAGUUGUCGCUUUGUCCGUCCUUCCGUCCGUCCGUCACACUUUUGUCCAGAGUAUAACGUGAAAAGUAUUAAAGGCAUUUUAUUUAAAGUUCACAUAAUCACAGAGGCCAUUGAGAUAAAGUGCAGUGUUAAAGAAUCAUAACUCUACUUUACCUAGUUUUAAUUUUCUCCCUUUAUUGUACAAAAUCAGGCUUGUCCGGAGCAUUACAUGACAAGUAUUAAAGGCAUUUCAUUGAAACUUCACAAAGUGAUAGACGUCAUUGAUGGAAAGUGCAGUGUCAAAGAACUAUAUCUCUACUUUUCCUAGUUUUUGAAUUAUCUCCGUUUAUUAUACAAAAUAAGGCUUAUCCGGAGCAUUACUUGAAAAGUAUUAAUGGCAUUUCAUUGAAACUUCACAAAAUGAUAGAGGCCAUUGUCGAAAAGUGCAGUGUCAACGAACCGUUACUCUACCUUACCUAGGUUUUCUAAUUAUCUCCCUUUAUUAUACAAAAUAAGGCGUGUUCGGCACAUUACUUGAAAGUAUUAAUGGCAUUCCAUUGAAACAACUUCACAAAAUGAUAGAGGCCAUUGACUGAAAAAUACGUUAUUCCCCAUACUGGGACAAGCACAUGGAUCGGAGAGCAUCAUUCGGUUUUACCGAUUCCUUAUUUUGAAUUUGCUAACAUGAAACUGUAGGCCAGCCUCCUUUUAUACUAAAUCAUUAAAUGUGGAAAAUCAUGUUGAUUUUAUGUUAAAAUAAACUCUAUGUAGUAACUGUCUCAAAUAUAUAUUUUGGGUCCAGUAUACCUUUAAAGAAGAUAACAGGUAUGAUUUUAGAGUGUAGUAAUUAUACGGAUAGACAAUUUUUAUUUUUUAUCAUUUAACCGCUUGGCUACUGCAGUACACAACUGUUCUAUAUGUUGUAGAUACUACAUAAACGCUUUUCAUAUUGUAUUGUUUUGGCUUCUUGCUUGCAGUUAGAACACAAAUACGAAUGAAAAAGUAAAGAAGACUUAAACUGGA